GUGAUUAAACCCAUGGCUCAUUAUUUGAGGCCCAGGAGUAAGAUUUGUUUAUUGUACAAGCAGGAAAAUGUAGCUAGAGAUGAAGAGCUGCAGAAUUUGUGUGUGGAUUUACAGAAGAGGUUGAGCCUCUUGCUUCCUAAAUGCACAGGGUAUGUGUUGCCUUUUACAGUGGGAUUUUUCUUGUGAUUUGUAUUUACAAGCAACAUCCUUUCCAGACAGUGUAGAUAGGCUUUGAGACACAGAGCUUUGUGUUUCAGAUCUUGCUAUGAGCAAGCAGCAGCACAGAGCAUGAGGAAUGUGGGGUUUUUUCUGGGUUUCUCAGCUGGUGUUGCAGCCCCUCACUCUGCACUCUGUUUCUGUGCUGACCCAUUUCUCCUGGCUGCAAUUUCCUGCUGCUGUUUCUAUUGAAGGUGCUGAGAUGUGCCAAGGAGCAGCCCCCAGCAGUGAAGUUACAGUGCCCUGAGGCUGCUGCUGUGAAUGUCAGUGAGAGCACUUGCAGCUUUGGGAAUGAUUUAAUUGGAAGUGCAGUAGGUGCCAGGCAGCUCAGAUCCUGUUUCUGAUGUCACAUUCCAUGAAAGCACAAAUUACCAAACGAGUUAAUGCUCCACUCGAGUCAGCCAUGUUUGCAGCGUGUCUUUAUGUGUGGCUGAUGAGCUGGAAGCUCCAGUUAAUACUGUCAGAGAAGUCUGGAGGUAUUGUCCUCAUGGGAGGUGCUGCCUUGAGUGUUUCAGAGGGUCAGUGUGAAAUGCUGAGGUGUCUCCUCUGCCCCUUCUUCCUGCAGCUCUUUCUCCUGGACAGGACUCGCUUGCCCAGGCCACCAGACAGUUCUGUCUGAGGCUGGAUGGUGUGAGGACUGCAGCACUGGAAAGGGAACACCAGCUCUGUGGAGCUCACAUGGAAGGGGUGACAGACCAGAACAAUUGCACAGUUGUGAUGUAGCUGCCCCAGGUCCAUGCUGUUGGCUGGAGCAGUAGGUUGAAUCUUUCUGAACUAUGCCAAGAAAAAGAAAGCUGUUGGCUCAAUUAAGUGCUCUUCAGAACACCAGCAGCUUCCCUCAGGUCAGUGCUGUGGAGCAGCUGAACACUACACCUGGAGCAGAUCCUUCUCCAAAAAGCAGCAAAUAUUUUGUGAUAGAGAAGAAAAAUUCUCCUCAGCUGCAAGAAGACUUUUUCAACCAGCCCUGUGUUAGUCUGGCCAAGUCCUUUCUGGGACAGAUUUUAGUUCGCAAACUUCCUGAUGGCAGAGAGCUCUGGGGCAGGAUUGUUGAAACAGAAGCUUAUCUGGGUGGGGAAGAUGAAGCUUCCCACUCCAAAGGUGGGAAGCAAACACAGCGGAACGCAGCCAUGUUCAUGAAGCCAGGAACUCUGUACGUGUACCAGAUCUAUGGGAUUUAUUUCUGCAUGAAUGUUUCCAGCCAAGCUGCAGGGCCAGACUCACUGAAGGGACCCCGAAGAAGCUCCCCCAGUGGCUGCUGGAAGGUAAGUCAGCUCCCAGUUUCACCCAGUUGGUGUGGGCAGGUGAAGCUGCUCCUGAGAGCCUUCUGCUCUGGGCAAAGCUCCAGCCUCACACAGGCAGGGGUGAGCUGGCACAAGCUCCUGCUGUCCCCAGGCCCUGGCAUGUCCCAGGGCUCUUGCCUCUUGUUCUGGCCCUGGCAUGGCUGGAGGAGCAGUCCCAAAGCAGAGCAGGAAACAUGGCCCUGUAUCUCACUGUCCUGCUGGGUAGCUUUAACCCACGCCAGGAUCCCUGUCUGCAGCCACAGCCAUGCUUGUGGGACAGGGACUGGAGGGACAAAACAAACCCUGGGGGGGACAGCCCUGAGUGCCCUCAGCAGCAGCCUCUGGCUGGAACACAUCCCUGAACUGUCAGCUUGGCCAGCACCUUUCAGUCCUGCUCAACAAGCACGCUCCCACCCCAGGCACAAACUGGGAAACAUGGAAACCCAGGAACACUGAGGCUGCUUGGUGACAGCCCUGCUCCAACAGACACUUGGGAAUGAGGAUAUUGGGGUGAGGAAAGAAUGAGCUGUGACACAGUGACUGAGUCAUUCAUUCAUGAUUUCAUGUUUACUUGUGAUACCUUGCCUUCCCACCUGUCCUUGGUGCUGUGAGAUCAAACAGAAUUCCUGGGUGCCCAGAGUGAUGCCCUAGGAGCCAGAGUGAUGCCCUAGGAGCCAGGGUCAUGCCCUGGAGCCAGCCCAGCUGCCCUGUGCCCUGGAGCAAGGCCAUGCAUGCUGUGCCAUGGGGACAGGCUCUCAUGGCCAAGUGUCCCGUGCUGGAGGGCACAGGAAGCACUCCCAGUGUCCCCCCAAAGUUCUGCCAGCAGCACCACAGCAGAACCCUCCUGUCCCACUCUGAGGGUCCCUGGAAGGGCUGUGAGUGUGGCAGGGCAGGGAUCCAGGCUGAGCAAGCACGUGCUGUCCUG